UAACACCCAAAGGGCCUAAAACAAACGAAGUCAAGCAUAUGUGUCUCUUCUCCGUCACUGUCUCUCCCAUUCCCAGCUCUAACUUCCAGCGGUGUGAUCCAAUCACCCAUCAAAUAUUCGUAAAUACAAAUUCCAAUCCACACCCACGAAUCUCCAUCACUUCAAUUCGUUUCUCCCAAAGUUCCAACUAGAAUGGAGGUCAGAGCUCGAGCUCCCGGGAAGAUCAUCCUCGCUGGCGAACAUGCCGUCGUCCACGGAUCCGCGGCGGUGGCCGCUUCUAUCAAUCUCUACACCCACGUUUCUCUUCGAUUUCAUAGCAUUUCUGACGAUGAUCAUACCUUAAAACUCCAUCUCAAGGAUAUGGCAUUGGAAUUUUCAUGGUCAAUUGAAAGAAUCAAAGAAGUACUACAAGAAGUAGGUUGUCCCUUCUCGUUGACGCCUACAACAUGCACUCCAGAGUUCAUUAAAUUGAUUGCAGCUCUACUUAUAGAACAGAACAUUCCAGAGGCAAAAAUUGGACUUGCUUCUGGAGUGUCCGCCUUUCUCUGGCUGUACACCUGUAUCCAAGGGUUUAAGCCUGCUACAGUGGUCAUCACUUCUGAGCUUCCACUUGGUUCAGGCUUGGGUUCAUCUGCCUCAUUCUGUGUCUCACUCUCAGCUGCCCUGCUUGCAUUGUCAGAUUCUGCAAGUCUAGAUUUUAGCCACCAAGGUUGGUCGGUAUUUGGGGAGAAUGAGCUUGAAUUGGUAAACAAAUGGGCCUUUGAAGGUGAAAAGAUAAUUCAUGGAAAGCCAUCUGGAAUUGACAAUUCAGUUAGCACAUUUGGCAACAUGAUCAAGUUCAAGUCAGGUAGUUUGACGCGCUUAUCCUCCAAUAUGCCACUCAAAAUGCUUGUUACCAACACAAAAGUUGGGAGGAACACAAAAGCAUUAGUUGCUGGUGUCUCAGAGAGGACCUUAAGGCAUCCAAAUGCCAUGAAAGCUGUGUUUAACGCAGUUGACUUUAUCAGCGAGGAAUUGUCCACUAUCAUUCAGUCUCCAGCUCCUGAUGAGCUCUCCAUAACUGAGAAGGAAGAGAAGCUAGGAGAGUUGAUGGAAAUGAAUCAAGGUUUGCUCCAAUGUAUGGGGGUCAGCCAUGCUUCCAUAGAAACUGUGCUUCGAACAACAUUGAAAUACAAGUUGGCUUCGAAGCUGACAGGAGCUGGGGGUGGAGGCUGUGUUUUGACGCUAUUGCCAACCCUGCUAUCAGGAACGGUUGUUAAUAAAGUAAUAGCUGCGUUGGAGUCAUGUGAAUUCCAAUGUCUUAUCGCUGGAAUCGGCGGGAAUGGUGUUGAGAUUUGCUUUGGUAGUUGUUCAUCCUGAUUUUCUCAGAGGAAGCAAUGAAGCACAGUAAGCUUGUAACAGCUAUAUUUCAUUGAUGCUGUUGUGUUUCUGUGUACAUUAAUUUUAAAGUCAAGGAGGAAUGACCAUUCUUCCUGGUUCAUGGACAUUAUGAUAAAAGAAAAUGACUGUAUGAAUUCUUAAUGAUGGCCUGAUCCUCCUUCAUGUUGUAAGGUUGUAGUUUAAUUGUAGCACACACUGCAAGCUUUUAACGAGUCCUUUCUCCUUUGCAGUAAAUCUACUCUUUUAUUUUGAGGUAUUGGCUUCAAGGUUAUGUAUGGUUCUCAAAAAAGUAUUAAUGAAAGAAA